CUCAGGAAACAGAAUUCCGCUUUAGUUUGUCACGUCUAAAGAUCGACUGUACUUCACGACCGGAGGCUGCCGAUCGGAUUGCGUUGUCAGCAACACUUGUUCUUUCGUUUGUGAGUUAGUUUAGUGACGUCUUUGACUUAAUGUGAGCUGUCACGCCUCGUUAGCUGGUUAGCAGCGGUGGCUAGCUAGUGUUGCUCCAGACAGGCAGGAUUGACAUGAUUCUGCGUGCUGUCAGUCCUCCUCUACAGCACGAUGGUGCAGCUGCUGUGAUGAUGAAUGCUGACGAUUGCAAUGGCCGUUCGUACAUGUCAGGUAGUGGAGAUUCUUCAACAGAGCGGGAGUUUUUUGCAGGGCUGAGAGGUCCCACCGUGAGCACACCAAACAGUCAACAGUCCUCACCCAGCCGCUCACUCAGUGCUAACUCCAUCAAGGUGGAGCUCUACAGUGACGAGGAGGCAGGUGGUGCUCCACUGGCGGAAAGGAGAGUCGGGGAGAAGAAUGAAGGAUGGAAAGAUGAAAAGGGCGAGUUGGCCGAAGAUGGUGGAGUGGAGAUGGUCGGAGGUACACGAGGACAGGCUGGGAGCGGCUGUGGAGAGAUGGCCAGCUCUGAGCCCGCAUCCCCCGGUCCCAUUCGGCUGCCCAAUGGGAAACUUAAAUGUGAUAUAUGUGGGAUGAUCUGCAUUGGACCCAAUGUCCUAAUGGUGCACAAACGCAGCCAUACAGGUGAGCGGCCAUUCCAAUGUAACCAGUGUGGGGCCUCCUUCACUCAGAAGGGCAACUUGCUGCGUCAUAUCAAGCUCCACUCUGGCGAAAAGCCCUUCAAAUGUCCCUUUUGUAACUACGCCUGUCGCCGCCGUGACGCCCUGACAGGACACCUCCGCACCCACUCCGUGUCCUCCCCUACAGUAGGGAAGCCCUACAAGUGCAGUUACUGUGGCCGCAGCUACAAGCAGCAGAGCACCCUGGAGGAGCACCGUGAGCGCUGCCACAGCUACCUACAGAGUCUGGAUCACCAGCCUGCUCAUAACACCCAGCCUGCGCACGGUGAAGAGUCCCAUAAUGUGGAGAUGAUGUCUGAACCACUGAUCCAGUCCUCCUCAGAAAAGAUGACCUUCAUUGAUCGGCUGGCCAAUAGCAUCACUAAGAGGAAGAGAUCUACACCCCAGAAGUUUCUGGGUGAAAAGCACAUGCGGCUGAAUAUAUCCGAAGCACCUUAUGAACUCGACCCCAAUCCUGAUAAAGAAGGGGACAUGUUGCUGUCGCACCCCGAGGGUGACCCCGCUGCUUUAGCAGGCAUGGGAGGGCGUUUCCUGCGGGGGCCGAGAGGAGGCAGCAACGAUGUGGAUCCUUCCCGGUCGCUGCGGAUGCCCCCCCACUCCACCUGCAUCUCAGAGUUCACCCCAGUCAUCAGCUCCGUCUACCCUCAUAUAACCUCUCUAGGGCAGCGCCUAAACUGUGCUGGGGGCAUCUCCAUGGGCCUGGCCGGGAGGGAGGCCGGCGAGGGUCAUGAAGAUGCUCCUUCCACCCGCAGCCACGCCGCCUCACCGAGCAACGGUUACCAAGAUUCGACAGACACUGAGAGCAUGGCGGAGGAGCAGUGCGUCAUCACCUCGGUGCCACCAGGAAACUUGAACCACCGUGGGCGCGAGCGGCACAGUCCUAGUCACGCCAAAGAAACGGACAUGGAGGGGGACAGGGAGAAAGGGAUCCCUGGGGGUUUACCCACCAAGGCAAGCCCACGCUCGCCGCUGACGAGGGAAGCCAUGCAGGUGACGGACGGGGAAGGGCGGCCGGUGCGCUCCUUCCGCUGUGAGCAUUGUCGCAUUUUCUUCCUGGACCAUGUCAUGUUUACCAUCCACAUGGGCUGCCACGGCUUCCGCCAGCCCUUCGAGUGCAACAUCUGCGGCCACCGCAGCCAGGACCGCUACGAGUUCUCCUCGCACAUUGUCCGCGGGGAGCACCAGGUGGGCUGAGGUGGGCGGAGGUCAAGACUGGGGGGAGAUGUACAGAGCGUUGUAUGCUGCUUUGAGAUGGCGUCAUGGCGUCUAGUUCGGUCUGCACCAGAUCGGGGCACAUUAGCACUUGCUUUUAUAAUUGGCGGACAUCAGAUUUUACAUCGAAGGCUAAUCGCUUAGGUACGAGCAUAAAACGUGCAAUUGCAUCCCGCGACAAGUCAUAUCCUCCGAUUGCAAGUCAUUCAUCGCCAGAAGCAGCUGUUUUGCUUUAGAAGUGCCUUACUUCGGUGGGGUUUAUUUUUUAUCAGUUGGGAAGAGAUUCGAGAUGUGAGAUUAGGUCUAUACCCAUCUGCUUGGUGGCGUUUACAUAGAGUCUGCCUCUUGAAGAGAGAAAGACAUGGAAUUGCUUAGACGUCCAAAGUCUGGACUGGUUUAUCCAGAGUGGUUUUCCAAAGUUUCUGAGCCUGUUAAACAAGAAAUCUAUGCCUAAGAGGAUUCACACUAACUUUGUGCUCUUUUAGGAUACCUCGGUGGGACUGUUGAAAUUAGGCGACUCAGGGAGGACACUGCUGACAGAGAGGGAAUGGAGAGCAAGCAGCGUGAAUUGCAAAAUUGAGGCUGGAGUAAUGGUAUGUUAGCCAUAUAAGGAGCACAGACACAUAUUGCCUUAAUCGUUGCUUUAUAUGAACCCUGUACGAGUUAGUUUUAGAAUUGCACAUGGUUUUUAAUGCUGGACCAUUCCGUUGGUACAAUGCAGCCUGAAUUCGGGUAACUUUGAAACAAAGAUGAUACGUCACUCUUGGGUCAUAUAGGAUUGGGGUUAGGCUAAGGCUCGGAUAAUUUUAUUGCUUUCUAAAAUGUAUGUUAAUGUUUUAUUUUAGAAAGGAAAUGAACUUGAAACAUUUGCCUUAGUUUUUGAGUCCACAACCUCUGUCCGGAAGGAAAAAAAAAAAGUUGGUUUCCUUGUGCCUCAGAUCUUGAUUGUCGUUUCAACUUUAUCUCAACCUCACUUAAGUGGCGAUAAAGAUUUUGCCUAUCAAAUCUAUUGAGGUUUUUUAAAAUAGUUUUUGUAGUACGAAGUCCCCGCCAUCCAUCCUCUGCCAUGCUGCGAACACAUUGAGCCACAUUAUGUUUUUUAGAUGCGAAAAAGAAGCCUUAAUAUUCUGGUGCAGACCAAACACAGACCUAUGUUGCAUUCCGUGAAUUUGAUGACUUGUGAAGGGGGAGGGUUGUUACCUCAAAAGGAGGAUUGCACUUUUUCUAAUUCUGCUUAAAUGUGAGUGUUUUUGCUGGGGCUGUUGGGAGGGUUUCGGAGAGACGGGGCGGCACCGGGCGGGAGGGGGAUUUUAUUCAAAGGCUUUAGGGGAGCAGACACAGUAAUGAUUGGUAACUGAGCUUUGAAACAUAUUCUUUUGUUUUCUGAAAUUGCUCUAUUGCACUGAUUUCUGAUAAAAAAAUGCUAUUUAGAGAAAACAAGAAACAAUUUGAUACGAGAACACAUUGGUUAUAAAGACCAGAUGAACAGUGUGGUGUUUUUAAAAACGAUUCUAUAAAGGCUAUUUUCCUAAUUAUAAAAGGGUUCACGGUCAUUUAAGGAUUCAGAGCUGAACAUUUUCUCCUUGUGUUGUAAAAUUUGGUGCUUGGAUAUUUGUGUGACUUCUGCCCUUGAUAUUGGACUUGUAUCCUGUACGCUUGUCCUGUGUGGUCAUGUCCCUGAUGAGUUCACGCAUACGGUACUCUCGAUCCCCACCGAGUACAAACUGCUGCUUGAAUUUGAAGGAAAGGACUGAAAUAUUGUUGUAGAGUUACGUACCGUCCUGCCAAGAUAUAUUGUGGCCUGUUUUAUCAGCGGAUCUCACUUGCACAAACUGAAACGAAACUAAAGCACCAAUGAGAGAAUUUUGGAGAACCUCAAAGAGUUGUUUUGUUUGAUUGCUUGUACAUCUUUAUGUGACGUGGGCUGUGGUUAAGGGUACUUGGAUGUUGUAGCAUGUGUUUGUCACUUGACCUUGGAGGUGGUCAGCUGUUUCCAAAACUUGCUUAUGUGUAAUCCACUGACCCUACAUCUUUUCAGUUACUUUUACAACAUUUGUAGGCCUCUUAAUACGUAUGCUUGGAUUCACUCCAGUGCAAGCCUACAGAGUACAGUAUGAAUGGAUCGAAGAAGUGAAAGCCAGUAUUUACAAAGGUGCACCCUUCAUAGACUUUAAUAUUUUUGUUUUUCUGCUGGCAUAAAUUUAUUUACUUGAAAUUAUGGCAAAAACCAUAUAUGACACUUAAUGCACUUAUCGGUCAAAAAGAAAUUAUGUAAUGAAUUCUACCGAGUGUGUGAAUGAGAGAGUUUGCAUGUGUACUCGUUUGUUUGCUGGGGUUCUGCAACUGUUCUGCUUGUGAAAUACUAGCUGCAAUUUUCCCUAUUUCCUCUAAACCAAACCAGGCUCUUUUCUGCACCAUUUCAUAUUUCUUAUCCCCAAGGUGUGAUGAACUCAAUAUUUUUAAAUGAACUGUGAAGCAACCAUAAUGAGCAGCAACUGAGAAAGAGAGACCUAGCAUUUUGGGGAGGCAGGGAUCAAACUCUCGGUCAUUCUUGGGCUUUAUCCCUGGGUUCAAUGUUUUUAAAUAUUUUGUGAGAAAAAAAAAUGUAUAUGACAAAGAAAAACUCUUUACCUCAAAUUUGUUAAAAUAUAAAAAACUGCCUCAUGUUCUAUAAAAAGGUGUGUUGGUUUCAAGAGGUAUUGUUUAUUUGAUCUUGUUUUUAAAGAGUGUAACCCAACUUUAAGUUGAAGUAAUUUUUCAUGUCCAAUAAAGUAAUAUUUGUUGUAA